AUGCACACCAAUGAAAUGAAAAUGCUGAGGUGGGCAGCGGGAGUGACGAGACUGGACAGAGUCCGAAAUGUAUAUGUACGAGGCUCUUUCAAGGUCGCUCCCAUUGCAGAAAAGAUGGCUGAAAGCCGUAUGAGAUGGUUCGGGCAUGUGAUGAGGCGUAACGAAGAGUAUGCUGUCAAAAAAUCCUUGGCCAUCCCAGACAAAACGAACGGCAAAGGGAGGCCGCUUACCACGUGGUGGACAACCGUUACCAAAGACAUGGAGCGGGCGCAGACUAACAUAUCGACAACCCAGGACAGAAAAACCUGGCGCCUUCGAACGAGGAGGGCCGACCCCAAAUAA